ACAAACCCUAGCGACAUAAGCAGUAGAAAAAAGUGAGAAACAGAAAGCCUCGAACAAACGAAAAACAAAGGGUUUUAGCAGUUGGAAACCAGAGAAAAGCUCGAGAGACAAGUAGCCGCCGCCGCCGCCACACAGAAAUGCCGAAGUCGAAGCGUGAUAGACCAGUGACUCUUUCGAAGACGAGGAAGAAGGGUAGGGGACACAAAGAAGCGAUAGUGAAUGCAAUAAGAGAUGCUGCAGAGACUUACAGCUGGGCUUACGUGUUUUCUUUCGAAAACAUGAGGAACCUCAAGUUCAAGGAGUUUAGAGAGCGCCUUAAGUCUUCAAGCAGAUUUUUCUUGGGUUCGAACAAAGUCAUGCAGGUUGCUCUAGGUCGAUCUGCUGCUGAUGAGAUUAGACCUAACAUAUAUAAAGUUUCGAAGCUUCUGCAUGGAAAUACUGGGCUAUGUUUUACCAAUAUGCCAAAAGAAGAUGUUGAAAGGUUAUUUAAUGAAUAUGAGGAAUAUGACUUUGCAAGGACAGGAAGUACUGCAACAGAAAAGGUGGAGCUCAAGGAAGGUCCUUUGGAGCAAUUUACACAUGAGAUGGAGCCCUUUCUACGGAAGCAAGGGAUGCCUGUUCGGUUGAACAAAGGUGUUGUGGAGCUUCUUUCUGACUUUGUUGUUUGUGAAGAGGGAAAGCCUUUGUCCCCUGAGUCAGCUCGUAUACUGCGUUUGUUGGGAACCCAGAUGGCUACCUUCCGGCUUCACUUGAUAUGCAGAUGGAGUCCUGAGGAAUUUGAGCUAUAUAUUGAGAGGCCAGAGGAUUCUGAUGUUGAAUCUGCAUAAACACUAAUUUAAACUUCAUUAUAGAUUUUGCAGAUUAUAUAAUGGAGAAAUGAUUUGUAUGUUGAAUGCGCACACAAUUCUGGUCUGUUAGUUUUUUUUUGUUUGUUGAGAAGAUGGUCUGUUAGUCUUCUAAUUGAGGUAGAAUUAUAGUGUUUAUUUGUAUUGCUAGAUGAAACGGUUUGUGAUUUUGCGGUGCUUUCAGCAUCUGGUCAAUAUAUUUUUGCACCAGUGCAAAGAAAUUUUUAUC